UUUGUUAGAAUCACAUGGUAUACAUGGUGGAUGUAAACAUAGAACAAGAUCAAUUUCACUUACAGCUUUUAAUCAAUUUCAGCCGGUUAUUCUUUAUGAAGAUGAAGUUGUAUGUAAUGAUUGGGUAAUUAUCCUUUGUCACCCAAAUGGGUGUUACCAACCUGUGGUCAGUGCUAGAGCCGGUACAAGUGCACCGAACUCUGUCCUCCCUGAAGGGCCAAACCCUGGCUGUGGACCUCAGCAUCUGGGUGUGUGAGACACAAUGUGUCAAACAGAUGCAGGGGGUCGUCUCUAAACCCUUCUUAAGGAAUCUUUUCUUUCGGGUUUCCCACUUGCUGCAGCUUGGAAUACAUCUGGUGUUUGUGAUAGAGGGGAAAGCCCCGGAGCUAAAACAGCAGGUGAUGGCCAAACGCCAGGAGACUCGCUACUCCAACAGGAAGGCUGUAGGGGGCCACAGAAGGGGGGGCCGGAGGAACUUUAAUGCCUGCUUAAAAGAGUGCUGUGAAAUGCUGGACUAUCUAGGAGUUCCCUAUGUACAGAGUUCUGGAGAGGCUGAGGCUACUUGUGCAGCCCUGAAUGCCAGAGGGGUUGUGGAUGGCUGUUUAACAAAUGACGGAGAUGCAUUCUUAUACGGAGCAAGGACUGUUUACAGAAAUUUUACUAUGAACACUAAAGACCCUCACGUUGAGUGUUACAGUAUGACAGAAGUGGAAGACAGAUUAGGUCUGACCAGAGAGAAGUUGGUUGCCAUGGCAUUGCUACUGGGCUGUGACUAUUUACCCAAAGGUGUCCCUGGAGUAGGAGUGGAGAGGGUUGUUAAAUUGAUGAACUCAUUACCAGCAUCAAAUGUUCUGGAAAGGUUUGAGAUGUGGAAGUCUAUGUCAGAGACAUUGUGUGUAGACAAGGUGGAGGUAUUCAUCAAACGUAAAGCUGCACAAGUACCAGACUUCCCACAGAAAGAGGUUGUGCAAGAAUUUCUGCAAGACAUGAAAAAAUGUGCGACCUCUGUCUCAAGAUGGAGUAGGCCAUCUAUGGCUGAUCUUCAGGUGUUCUGUGUGAACAAACUGGAGUGGCCUUUGGAGUACACCCUGGAGAAGGUCCUCCCUCUGAUCACACUGUGGGACAUGACAGACAUCAGUAAAAACAACUCACCCACAGGCAGGCAUCUGGUCCCCCAAAGAAUUGUCAAGUGCCGCAUUAGACAAGGAGUAAACUGCUAUGAAGUUUUAUGGAAUAAACCAGCUGGAGACAGCGUUUGCAGUGAAGAUCUAUAUAAAACCAUAGAGGAACAGACUCUGUUCAGAAGAAGUUAUCCACAGGUUGUUACUGAUUUUGAAAUGGAACAGGCCACCAAAAAGACCAAAGGCAAAGGAAGAAAAUCAAGAAAGAAAAUGGCAAACGAGGUGAAAGAGACAGAAGCUGUAGCAUUGAGUGAAAAUUUGGUGGAGAAAAAUGAAAUGGAGGAUAACAAUGAUGGUGGGGAAACAGAUGAGGAGGAUGAAGAAAUGAUCAAUGAGGAAUUAAAUAGUGCAAUACAAAGUACACAGUCAAAUAGGGAGACUGUCGAUAACCCUGCAGUAAGUUUACACAAUAAACCUGUAAAUAUAAAGCAACAGACUAAAGCUUCACCAAUGCAGAGACUAGAGCUAGCAAUGAGAUCUGUUGUCAAGCGGUCGAUAAAAUCUAAUUCUGUGGUCAUGGAGAGGAAUCUAAACUUUAGCAGUAGUGAGGAGGAGGAAGGGGAUUAUCUCCCCUUGUCACAGAGACUCCAAUUAAAAAUAGCCAAAUCGAGUGGAUUCAGUGACCGCCCAUCUGGUGGGUCCCUGGGUCAGCCCCAGGGUAAGGCUGGAGGGGGAGAGGAUGUGAUGGUGAGGGCUAUAUCUCAGGGGGUGUCUAGUACUCUUAGGGGCUUCUCUAGUGACAGUGAGGCUGAAGAUCUGUAUACAUUUCCCUCCCAUCCAGAAACUAGAAAUGGUCAGGGGGAUGUAGCAGGAAAUGUGGGACAUGAUGAUGAUGAUAUAAUAGGAAAUUGUCAUAGUGCCGUGAAUGUGAAUGGUUUAGAUCAAGAAAUUUCACGUGUGGAAACAUCACUUCCUGGAAAUUGUGACAAUCACGAUACUUCUUUGGGAACUCCAAUGUGGCAACAAAAUUUAGUUAAUUCUAAAUUACAGAAGUUGGACAGGACAGAAUUUCUGGACAUGCCUAAGCUGAACUUUUCAGUUGUGACACCAGAUUUGCAGGAUAGAAGUGAACCCAUGGUUGGGAUCAAAUCAAGAAUAUCUGCUUCAACCCCCGACAGAUCAGAGGACUAUGUGUCCAGGUUUUCACACAAUCUGUCAAAUCUAAGUCCUCACCUGUCAGAGGAUGUGAUGAUCUCACCCCUUCUCAAGUUAGACUCUUUGCAGAGCCCAGUAGACGCUUGUCAAAGACUGCAGGGUAGUCCUAGUGUGUCAGCAUUGUGGGAGAACCACUCCUUCAACAAUACAAAUGUCCCCAUUAAUUUUGGUAACUUUGAAGUACAGACUUCACUGCUGAAUUCAUUCAGUAAACUUAACAUCUCAGAAGGGGAGCUGUCAUCUAUGAUGAAUAGUUUUCAGGAAAAGGUCUCGAAAACUCCCUCUGGGGUUAAUAGUCAGGUAAAUGGAAAACAUUCGGAAACCUCUGAAAUCAAGUGCAAUAACAAUACUCAGGACCAAACAUCUGUGAUAUUUCUUAAUGAUAGUGACUCCAUAUGUGAUAGUGACAGCAUAGUGAUUAAUGAUGAAAAACAGAAAGGUUCCACACAAACGAUAUCGGCAUUACGGACAAUCAACGUGGAAUCUUCCAAGAGUCCACAGACUGGGUCUAGGAAGGAGAAGACGAGGGUCUCCAGCCUGAGUUCUCCUACGUGUGGGGGGAAGGAGAAUGUUGUGAGUGACAGAGGGGAGGAGUGUAGUAAGCAAAGCCCCAUGUCUCUGAUAGAGAGGCUGAGACAGAGACUAAGUAAUCACACAGACUCCAGUAUCAUCAAUAAAAUCAAAUACGGACCGAUGUCUGUCAAGCCAGUCAAAUAGUUUUGAAAUUGUAAAAAUUUGUACGAUUAUUAAUGGUUAAUGUUGUACAUAAUUAUAGAGGUGUAUAUUUAAUUCAUGAAAAAAAAGAUUUUUUUUAGAAAUAAAGGGCUUUUGCUGAUCA